AGGAGAUGAUGAGGCGAUCGCAUGUUCUCCUCCUCAUCCUCAUCUCCCUCCUCUUCCUAUCAAUCUCCCCGCCAUGGGAGGCCGAGGCCUGGGGCAAGGAGGGCCACUUCAUGGUCUGCAAAAUCGCAGAGGGGAUUGUCACAAUUCCAAAGGAGUGGUGGAUAUGUGUGUGGUCGGAGCAAUCAAUAACUACACCGAACAACUCUAUAGCUACGGAGACUCAACAAGUUCAUAUAAUUUGACGGAGAGCUUGAUGUUCCUCGCACAUUUUGUUGGAGAUGUACACCAACCUCUGCAUGUAGGGUUCGAGGCCGAUGAAGGUGGUAACACAAUAAUCGUUCAUUGGUAUCGAAGGAAAACCAACCUUCACCAUGUUUGGGAUGUGAGCAUUAUAGAAACUGCAAUGCGUGAUUUUUAUGGGGAUAAUCUUACUACCAUGAUAGACGGUAUCAAAAUGAACAUCACUAAUGGAUGGUCUCAUGAUGUUGACCACUGGGAGAAUUGUCCGAACAAAAGAGCGACCUGCGCCAACAGCUACGCCUUGGAGAGCAUACACUUGUCCUGCAACUAUGCUUACAAAGAUGUUGAACAGGAUUCGACUUUAGGUGAUGAGUAUUUCUUUUCCCGGUAUCCUGUUGUUGAGAAAAGGAUAGCACAAGCAGGUAUCAGACUGGCUCUAAUCCUCAACAGGAUAUUUGAUGGGAGUUCAAGUGAUGAUGGGAAGGUAUUGGUGCAGUGAAUUAAUUGGUGAGGCACAUUAACUGAAAAUUUGAAAUCUAGUGUUGCAGCUCUCUGUUGAAUAAAUAAAUAUCUGAUGUCCUUAUUUGAAGGAACUUUCUUAUUGAAUGCUAUUAUAAUUCUGCACCAAAAUUCUUGUUUGUCUAA